GUCACUCAUCACAUGACCCGCGCCACUGGACUCCGGUAGGCCAUAUUUGACAGUGGGCCCACUAGUUUAGCGACGUGAGUGACGUGAAGAUCGCUCCACGUUCGACGAGCUCGCGCGACCGAUCCCCCUGUACAACCUGUAAAUACAUCCGCGAGUCGACUCGACGUCGAGACCCGACAAAUCAGGCCACAAUGAGUGCUACAGAAGAAGCACCGAUAUACUCGCCGUUCUUCGGCGUUAUGGGCGCCGCCUCUGCCAUCGUAUUUUCUGCUCUGGGAGCAGCGUAUGGCACAGCAAAGGCUGGCACAGGAAUUGCAGCGAUGUCUGUCAUGAGGCCAGAGUUAAUUAUGAAAUCCAUCAUUCCCGUUGUCAUGGCAGGUAUUAUUGCCAUUUAUGGUCUUGUAGUGGCUGUACUCAUUGCCGGCUCUCUGGGCAGACCUCCUAAAUACGACCUGUACAAUGGUUUCACCCAUUUGGGUGCUGGUUUAGCUGUAGGCUUUUCCGGUCUAGCAGCCGGAUUUGCUAUCGGCAUUGUGGGUGAUGCCGGAGUGAGAGGUACUGCUCAGCAGCCUCGUCUGUUCGUCGGCAUGAUCUUGAUUCUAAUCUUCGCCGAAGUAUUGGGUCUCUACGGCCUGAUCGUCGCCAUCUACCUGUACACCAAGUAAAUGGUCAGUAGCGGCAUCCUACUACCUGCCAUGGUUCCAUGCAAGACAUGUCGCCUGCAACCAACAGCGCUCCCCGUCUACUAUUAUGCUGCAAAACUUGUUUCGAACAUAUUUUACUUAAUCACGUUACUCCAUGCAUACCUAAUUACCAUCUCGGCUCAUCUCUGCGCGUACCCCUCUAAUAUCAUAUUCAAAAAGGAACAAGAUCCAUCGAGAUUUAGCGUACGGACAUUUAACCACGCCACACAUUGUCACACGGAUUGCAUGAUUAUAUUGAAGGUGUUGCGAUUGUUGAGAAAUGCGGCCAAUUUUUUUUUUAAUUUCGCGACAUCAACGCUAUGGUGUACGAAGAAGCGAAUGUAUAGCGGGAAAAAAACAAGAGGAAGCGUGGAAAAGCAAAGAUCGACAGGGAAAUACAUAUUCAUAUUUAGAGAAAAGAUCUCCUGUGUUAAUCCCAUUGUCGAACAUUUCUCUUUCACUGUAUAGUAAUCAUUUAUAGCUUAGUACAUUGAAUUACCAGUUAAAGUAAUCGGCUCUACUGAGUGUAUAAAGGAAAAAUAUGUUAUUGAUAAAAGAAUAUUUAGCACAAUUAUAUAUAAUAUAAAAAUAUUAUAAAUGCAACCGGCAGGUACGCGAUAUAGGAAUCACACAAAAGAGCAAAAGAAAACUCUAAAGAAACGAAAUUAUAUCAUCGGAAUAGAAAUAUGUAAGAAUAAGCGACACGCAAAUUGCGCGUGUGGUAAAACGGCGUAAUAUAACAGAAAAAAAGAAGAGAGGAAGAAAGAUUGAGUGUGUGUAUGUGUGUGUGCGCGCGCGCGCGUGUGUGUGCGUGUGUGUGUGUGUGUUGUGUGCGCGCGCGCGUAUGAAAGAGUGAGAAUGUACCGGACAAGAUCUCGCAUGAACGGAGAUUGUGCAACUAGAAAUUAUUAGAUAAAGAAUGACGUGAUAUGAAUGAAACUUCAGUAAAAAGGAAAAAAAGAUAAAAAAAGUAUGAAUGUGAGUAGUUGAUCAACAGGUACACAUGAUAGUAUUAAGUCAAUUUGAGAGAGGCUGCUGGACACGACGGGAUUUCACAUUUUCACAGUUAUUCAUAGACAACGAUACGUUACGCGGUAGAUGAGAUUCGCCUAACCGGGCUCAAAGCCGCAAAGGCCAGCGGCCGACGUCCGAUUAGUUCGCGAUUUUAAUUCAAUUUGGCAUUAUUUUCCAUCGCAUGAGAGAAACGUCAUCGUAUGUCAAUGGAGUAACGAGUAUAUGUGAAGCUUAUGUAAAACCGGAUACCGUACGUAUGUACCAGCAAGCACAUCAGUACACACAUAAUAACACAAAGAAAGAAAGAGCGAAUAUACACAUACUGUAUAAUGGCGAAAUUAAUGAUCAUCCGAGAGAAGUUAUAUAUACGCUGAUAGUGACAUAUAAACGGAGGAUAAUUUGUACAUUCCAUAUUAAGUUCGUUCAGUAUAGGCGAGCGGGCGUUUGACGACAAAAUUCAGGAAAAUAGUUGUGGCCCGCGCUGUGUCGCAGUCUUCAAAAUUAACCGGUCACACGUGCACAGAUACCUCACGUGCGGCGGCAGCAGCAGCCGGUAGACGGAACCGUGUGUCGUCCUGGGACGGAUAGUCUUUUGGGAGCUGACAAUCGGAUCCCUUGUGCGCACACGGCUUUUUGAUAAAUCACCACCUCUCCUCACGUUCGUCACAUUUGAAUACAAAAGAGGAAAAAAAAAGAAAGUCAAAUCCAAAAUAUGGAACCAGAGCGCCCGCUUGCCACUUUCGACUGCGCAGUAUUCUCUAUCUAAGAAAGAUGCAAACAAGCUCAACGAUACAGGUGUAUUUCUGGCGAAGAGAGAGGAAGAGAAUUUCGAAAUCGUUAAGUUGACAAAAUCUUGUUAUUUGAGGAAAAAAAUAAUUGAUAAUUCAACAACGGUGUCCAAAGAACCGCCGCUCUCGUCCUGGAAAUGCACCUGUAUACAUAUCCCUCGAGAUUACAUCGGAAACAACAAUAGCUGUUUCGACCAAAGAACGAGCGAUCGCUAACAUGGAAGAGAAAUUGUAAUUUUUUCGGAAAACUCACGUCGUUUUAAAUUAAAAAAAAAA